AUGGCGAUCAAAUCCAUCAUCAAGGCCUGUCUGCUGAGCCCUGUGGUUUCGGCUGCAGUUGCGAAGCCUAUUCACGCAAGGAACGCUUCUUCCUUCGCCGAAGCGCAGAAGCUCGCCGACCCGGCCUACGGUCCCAUCCCAGGCGAAAGCCCAAUCUACAACAGCUACUUGGGUGUCGAGGCACCUUUCCCUGGAAACCUACGUGAUCCCGUUCUGCCGACGAAAGAAGGCCCCCCUGCUACAGAUGAUAUAGUCUGGCAGAACCUCCUCGAGGCCGAGUGGAUCAUCUUCGACUUCUACCAAAAGGCCGUUGAGUCUUUCAACGCCUCAGACUUCAUUAAGGUUGGCAUGCCCAACAACACAUAUCAGCGAAUCCAAGAAAUUCGCAACAACGAGGCUGGCCAUCUGCGCAUCUUCCAGAACCAGAUCUCGGAGACCUCGAUCAAGCCCGGGGCAUGCGAGACCCAGUUCCCCUACUACGACCCUAUCUCCUUCCUGGCCCUCGUCACUGUGAUUGAGAUCUCGUCCAUGGCCUUCUUGACGGGUCUGGUUCAACAAGCCCAGCUCUCCUCUUCCCAGGCGGCCAUGACUGCCAUCGCCGAGGUCGAGUCCCGCCACGAGACGUGGAGCCUGAUCGAGAUCUGGAAGACCAACCCCUUCGGCGGCCCCUCAGACACCGUCUUCCCCUACGCCAACCAGAUCCUCGACACCACCAACGCAUUCAUCGUGCCAGGCAGCUGCCCCAAGCUGAACCCCGAGUACCCGUCGCCGCGCCAGAACCUGCCCUCCCUGAGCGCCGCCAAGAACACCACGUCCCUGCUUCCCGGGUCCAACAUUGGUCUUGCCUUCCCUGACCCGACGAACCAGCCGACGUUUGCGAACGGCACCCAGUACUACGCUGUCUUCUUCCACGGCGUCAACAACGUCAGCAUCCCCAUCGACACGACCUGCUGGCCUAAGCAGGAGAUCCGCGUCACCAUCCCAGCCCAGUUCGAUACCAAGGGCGUUGUUAUCGCCACCGUCGCUGACACCAAGGGCGCCCCGACCAAGGAGACCAUUGUGGCUGGGCCUGGUAUCAUCUUGGAGCAGCCUUCGGCGCUUUCUGUUAAGCUGCUAUAA